AUAUGCAAGUGUUCAAAUUUAAAUCAAAGUUCUACACUUGCCACUGUCAUGGCAAGUGUAGAAUGCAAUCAUGGCAUGUGAUUAGCUUUGGUGUAUUGUUUUACAUUUUGAAUAUCUGUGUAUAUGCCUCAGAAGACAUGAUUUGAGUGUAAUUGUGAUAAGGAUAGUCAUCAUUAACUAUGUACCAUUGUCAUUGCAUGAGCUGUUUGAGUAGUGUUCAGAUGGUAGGUUUCUCACCAAGCUAUGCUAGUUGUGUGAAUAUGUGACCACCACCACCCAAUAUUCCUAAUUGUGUGGUAGUUUUGCUCCAGACUGUUCACCAAAUAACAGUGAAUUAAAUGUGCAAUGCUGUGUUAUGUACAGUUUACCAUGCCUAUGAUGAAACUUUUGACCCCUUGUUGGUGAAACACUGCCUUACCACGUGGCACAGAUCUCAUCCAUGGUGGUUGCCACUGGUUUGAAAAGAAAUCAAGUGUGCCAUCAAUUUUGCCCUAAAAUGUCCAGAAUCAGCUCAGGAUGACAACUUGUCACCAAUUUCACACAGACAUCCCACUGUUACAUUGUACUGUACUCAUUAGGUCAUUACUUAUCCAAAAGCUGAAGUAGCACCUUUUUACAAGCAUAAGGUGAUCAACAUUGAUGCAAGAAAUCACGGGGACAGUCCUCACUCUGAGCAGAUGGACUAUGAUGUCAUGGCCCAGGAUGUCAUCAAGUUGAUAGCUGACCUCAAACAAAGUAAAGUCACCCUGAUGGGACACAGCAUGGGAGGAAAAACAAUGAUGAUGGUGGCUUUAAACAAUCCGCGGCUCGUCUCCAGCCUGGUGGUGGUGGACAUCGCGCCCUGCACGCGACCGCGCGCCGCCUCCGACAUCCCGGGCCUGCUGGAUGCGCUGGCCGGUGUGCGCGUGACGUCCGGCCGGUCGCAGUGGGCCGUCAGGAAGGAGGCCGACGGCCAGCUGGAGCGAGCCAUACCAGACAAGUACCUGCGCCAGUUCCUGCUGACGAACCUGGUGGAGGAGGCGGGCGUGGUGCGCUGGCGUGUGAACCUUCCGGUUCUGCAGCGGUCCCUGCCGCGCCUGGCGGCCUUCCCCCGACCCCCGACGGCCACGUACGAGGGACCAACGCUCUUCGUCGGCGGCCAAAACUCAAACUACAUCGAGCCGUCGGCGCAGGACGAGAUCCGCGCCCUGUUCCCAGCGGCGCGGUUCAUCUGGAUCCCGGACGCCGGCCACUGGGUUCACUCGGAGCAGCCGGCCCGCUUCCUGGAGGCUGUCUGCCCGUUCUUAGCCUCGUGACCCUGGGUCACGGCUCCGGCCCCGCUCGGGCGGGACGGGCUGUUGUGAGCAGCGCCGUCGGAGCUUGUCCGGGCAGAUAGCGUGCACACCGCAUCACCUGUGUUCUCAGCUCAUGCGCCGUGCAUACGCGGUGGGUCAGUGCAAUACCACGACACCUGAGCCUUGCUGUUGGUUGUGCAGUUUAGUUUGAUGGUGGCGCUAUUGACGAUAGAAGUUCAGCGGUGUCA